CCACAAGGCAAAGCAAGCACAAUAAAUAACAGGGAGAAAAAAGAUUACGCUGAGGUCAAGGUGAGUGAAAUUUGAGCUGGCAGACAUGGUUCACUUGCUAAGCCAAUAACAUUUAGAUGGAGUUAAACCGUAUGACUUCCUUGUGUUGCGUUACUAUGGGAUCAGCGAAGUAACAUUUUAGAUUCCGUAAAUGCCCUACGGUAGCAGGACCGCACUCGUGACUUCUCCAGUUUUUUCACACGCCGUGUCUCCCGCUAUGUCAUAUAAUGGACAGUUUAAUGCCCUGCGUGCGAAAACACCUAGGCUUCAUCGUAAAGGAAGCAGACUGAGCUGUGAGAAAUGGACAGACAGUGGAAACCUCUUCUGUCGGAGUCAGAAGGACACUUUGAUUCAUCUGAAUGACCGUCUGGCUGCUUAUCUUGAAAAAGUGCGCCUGUUGGAAGAGUCCAAUAGACAUUUGGAAGUGCAAAUCAAGGAGUUGUUGGCGAAGAGGGCAAAUAUUGGCUGCGAUGCAAGUCAAUACGAGAAGACAAUUACUGAGCUUGAAACCCAGAUAAAUGAAGCCAAGGUUGCCAACUCUGAACUAUUCCUGACCAUCGAGAAUACAAAGCUUGCCGCAGACGGCUUUAAAGCGAAGUACGAGGCUGAGUUAGCUUUACAACGAGCCAUAGGAGCAGAUAUAAAGGAGCUGAAGACGACAGGCAGUCAUCUUGAAAUGGAAAAACAACUCCAGGAGACCGAGCUGCAAAUCUUAACGCGGGAACUACAAUGCCUCAAAAAAGACCACAAUGAGGACGUGCAAAAUAUCCAGGAGCAAUGUACAGGUCAUGUCAAUGUGGAAGUGAAAACCCAGCAGGCAGCGGACCUUUCCAAAUAUCUGUCCGAAAUGAGACAACAGUAUGAGGCCAUCAUAGACAAACAGAAGCGGGACACAGAAGCCUGGUUCAACCGUAAGUCCAAGGAAUGCAUGCCCAGGGACGUGGAACACAAUGAAAGUCUGCAAAGCCAGAAGAAAGAAGUGUUUAAGUUGAGACAGAAAUUGCAGGAGCUGGAGGUCCAGCUGGAGGUUCUGCACGGCAUGAAAUCCGCCCGGGAGGCCACGCUAUAUGAAACCGAGUCUACAUACUGUGCUUACCUGCAGAAUAUCCAGGAAAAAAUAGGCAAGAGGGAAGACGAACUUUUAAAAAUAAGAGAUGGAGCGCAGCGUCUCUCUUCUGAAAGACGGAUACUGACUUAUCUUAAAGACCUUUUGGAAAUGGAAAUAACCACCUACAGUGUGCUCAUGGAUGAGGAAGAGUCCAGAAUGGAAGAUGUGACAUCUGGAGCGUCUAAUGGAUUUCCAAGAUCAACUAACUCCAAACAAAUGUACAUGUUUUUGAUUUCAGAGUCUACGUCUGUCGUUACCAAACACCCAUAGCGCAGUCACGACGGGUGAGAGUAAGAUGAAGACAUCCGUUAAGUUAUUUAUUGAUAAGUAUAGUCUAUGGUGGUCUAGCGGAAUAUUGUAUUUGUUCUCAAUCAUAACAUAAAGAAGAUGUUCCUCAAGUGGGUCAUGGACAAGGAUCUCAGCUCUUACCAUGGUGGAAAUCGUCCUGAAGUUUGUGGUUGGACAAAAAUACCAUAAAAGGAGCUGAAAAUACACAUUUUCUGUUUCAGGAUAUAUUUGCUAUGACAUUUUAUAACUGAAUGCUGAAUUUAUAACUGAAUGCUGGCCACAAAGAGCUUUAUUCACAGUAAGCAUAUAUAUUUAACCCUUGAGAUAAUUUCUUGUCUGGCCUACACGAGGGUUUAUUCAUAAAGAAAGGGUUGACAGGAGAUUCUGCAGGAGAGUUGUGUUUCAGCUUCUUGACCUCACGAUACGUUAUGAAGGUCCAAUACCAGUGAGCUUCUCCUUCUGGAAGAGCUUGGCUGGCCCUGUAUCAUGUAUAGUUAAAUAAGUGAACCGCUCUUGAAGGUCUUCUUACACAUUGAAUUAUGCAUUACGCAAGGCCAGCCCAAACCUUCUUGUUGGUGAAACUUGCCAUCGUUGGCUCUUCAUAAUAAAGCAGAGCGUUAAAGCCACAAAUCCAGCUCUUUUAGUGAAUAAGCCGCACUGUAUAACUAUUUUAAUGGUUGUCAUGCUUUUUCCUGGCAAAUUCAGUAUUGUUGCGAGCCAUAUCUUUCUCAAGUACUUGUAGGUUGUCCCGGCACGCAUCUGAGAAGAUGAG